AUGCAUCUUCGCGGCCUUCUCGCUGCUGUAUCUCUUCUCAUCGGCCUAUCCUCAGCAAUUGUGAUACCACACUCCUCCACUCCGUUCGUCCCGGCAGACCACUUUCUCAAUGCUACAAAGCGACAAGGGUCCCAGCUCCCAUAUGGACUUAUCAUCACCCACUGUAACGUCCCAAACACUGUUGCACUCACCUUCGACGACGGGCCGUUCAUUUACACCGGACAGAUGCUCGACACCCUCACCAAACAUAAUGCCCGCGCGACCUUUUUCCUGAAUGGCGUCAACAAAGGCAACAUCGAUUCAUUCCCCGAGUUAGUACAACGUACUUUGGCUGAAGGACACCAGCUUGGUUCCCAUACAUGGGGCCACCUUUCUCUUGACACUCUAAGCUACAACGAAAUCAUCACCCAAAUGACAGACCUCGAAGACGCCUUCAUGCGAAUCUUGGGCUUUUUCCCAACCUACAUGCGUGCUCCCUACCUGAUGGUCACAGCCGAUGUGUUAAAUGCCAUGAAAGAACUGAAGUACCAUGUCAUCGGAGCCAGUAUUGAUACAAAGGACUACGAGAAUGAUCAUCCCGACGAUAGCUGGCGAAGCUUUGAGAAGUUCCGGGCGGAAUUGGAUGCUGGCGGUACUAUUGUGCUGGCGCAUGAUACUCAUCAGACCACCGUGGAGAUUUUGUUGGAUAAUAUGUUGACGGAGAUUGCAUUGCGGGGACAUGAGACUGUUACUGUUGGCGAAUGUCUUGCUGACGCUCCUGAGUACUGGUACCGUACGAGCCGGUAG